AUGGAGUAUGAGCCGGCAGAGUACCAAAAGCUCCAAAUUCGAACUUAUGCACCACGGAGCAUCCGCGAGACAGCGGAGGGCAAGUACUGGCGACGAUUUAAAUCCCCCAUAAUUGCGAAACAGUUUGGCGCAGUCAGCCAUAUCGACUUUUGUCAACAGUACCCAUUCAACCUAGCCGUGACCGCAUCAACACGAGUCAUUCUCUACAACGGACUAGCACCCGCCGUGAUCGGGCGGACCAUCAGCCGCUUCAAGGACAUUGCCUAUUCAGGCUGCUUCAGAUCGGACGGUCGUCUCGUGGUGGCGGGGGGCCAGGAUGGCAUCGUGCAGGUGUUCGACGCCAACAGCCGGUCCGUGCUGCGGCAGUUCAAAGCGCACAAGCGACCCACGCGGGUGGCGAGGUUCGGGGCGGACAAGCUGCACAUACUGUCCGGUAGCGAUGACGUGACGGCCAGGUGGUGGGACCUGACCUCAGGUUCUCAGGUCCUUCGGUUGGAUGGCCACCGCGACUACGUGAGGGCAGCAGCAGCCAGCCCCACAUCACCCGACAUGUGGGCCACGGGAGGGUACGACCACUGCGUCAAGCUGUGGGAUAUACGGACAGGCAACACUGCCGUACUGGGACUGGAUCAUGGGGCGCCGGUGGAGGAUGUGGCGUUCUUUCCCUCGGGUUCUCUCGCUGUCACUGCGGGUGGCAACUAUCUGUGUGUGUGGGACCUGCUGGGCGGGGGCCGACUGAUCAAGCGACUAGAAAACUUCCAAAAGACAGUCACGUGUGUGCGACUGUCACCGUUGGCGGGACCCGACUCGGCGGCAGCGCCCAGGAUGUUGGCGGGAUCACUGGACGGUCAUGUGAAGAUCUUUGAGUUGGACUCUUUCCGGGUGACCCACGCGACCAAGUACCCCGCCCCGGUGCUCAGCAUGGGUUUGUCUCCCGACUGCCGCCUGCUGGCAGUGGGGCUCGCGGAUGGCACCUUGUCAGUCAGGAGGCACGCAAGACCCAGGACGGCAGCGCCGGUGGCACAAGAACGGCAACCAACCCAGCCGAAACUUACUGCCGCCAACUACCGCUACUUCAUCCGCGGGCAAAAUAGCCGGGCAGCAGCAACAGACUUCAGGGUACGAAAGCAGCGGCAGGCAAGGCUGCAGCCGUACGACAAGAUGCUACGGCAGUUCAGGUACCGUGACGCCCUGGACUCCGCCCUAUCCACGCGACAGCCCGAGGUGGUUGCCUCGUUGCUCGAGGAGCUCGCUGCUCGAGGGGGACUGGGGGCAGCCCUUGGAGGCCGGGAUGCGGAGGGACUGCGACCCGUACUGCGACACCUGGUCAAGUACAUGGCGGAGCCCAGGUAUACUCGGUUGUUGUCCAAUGUGGGUCAUCGGCUGCUGGACACGUAUGCGGAGGUGGUGGGAGUGGCCCCUGCGGUGGAUCGGCUGCUGGGGGCGCUGAGGGACCGCCUGGCAGAGGAGUUGGGGGUGCUGGCGGAGCUCACACAGCUGGCGGGGGCGCUGGAGCCGCUGCUGGCGGCGUCGCUGGCGGCAGGAGGACUGGGAGAAGGGGGAUGA